AUGCCCUCGAGUUUUAAGCCAGCACCCCCUCAGCAAUCCAAACUCGAGGAGGCGUGGGGUAGUAAGUCUAAGCGGGAAGAACUAGUUCGUGAUGUGAAGAAGGAAGUUGUUUCCCGGAGCGCGGAGGACUUAGAGGGUUCGGGGAAGCGUAAACAGUCGCCGCUCCAUCCAGAUGUAUCCAAAGCACAGCAGCCGAGGCUGAAGAAACGUCGAGUGGUAGACUCAGAUGACGAGGAUCGACCAUCAGCACCAGUACCAGCAUCUCCCGAGUCUAAGCCUGCCCCUGCAGACUCGCGUAGCGAUACUGAUGCACCUGUAGCGUCAGAGCGCACUUCGCGUAACAUAGAGGCCCGCACUGAGGCAAAAUCAGCGAAGUCUAGAGGGAAGCAGGUCGUGCGAUCCGAUUCAAGUCCAAAAACCAUAGCUCCGGAAGAAGAGAGUACGUCGUCAGAUGCUGAUGGCGGUGAGGGUGAUGAUGCGGAAGAGCUCGAAGAAGAGGAAGAUGGUGCUGCCUCGCAGAAUGCUGAAGCCGCACUCUCACGAACGAAAGAAGUAGACAUCCCCGGGGGCUGGGAAGUUGGCGAGCCCAUCCCGUAUGCUGCACUUACGAAAGUGUUCUCACUUAUCGAGGCCACGACGAAACGUUUAGAGAAGACGGCCCUAUUGACCGCUUUCUUUCUGCUAGUGAUCCAGCGGAGUGCCAAGGGAGAUACAGAAUCUAUGCUACAGGCAGUCUACCUUUGUAUAAAUCGUUUGAGCCCCGACUACAUCGGCAUUGAGCUCGGAAUUGGUGAGAGCCUGCUCAUCAAAGCCAUUGGUGAAUCGACCGGUCGCAGCCUCGCCGUUGUAAAAUCAGAGUUGAAGAAGGAAGGAGACUUAGGCCUUGUGGCGAUGAACUCGAAGAACAGCCAGAAGACGCUCUUCAAGCCCAAACCGCUGACGGUCCCUUUUGUGUUCACGAAUCUCAAAGACAUUGCGCUUAGCACUGGACACUCGUCGCAAAAUAAGAAAGUCUCGAUCAUCACGAAACUCCUUGCUGCGUGCCAAGGCUCCGAAGCAAAGUAUAUCGUCCGAAGUUUGGAAGGUAAACUUCGUAUAGGAAACGCAGAGCGAACUGUGCUGGUAGCUCUCGCACAUGCCUUCGUGCUAGCUGAGCAGGAGCGAGCGAACAAGAAAAUCAACAGCGAGAAGCUCACAGCCCGGCUAGAGGAGAGUGCGAACGUUGUCAAAUCUGUUUACAGCGAGCUUCCGACCUACGAUCUCGUUGUACCUGCUCUUCUAGAAGCUGGCAUUGAUAAACUCCGAGAGAAGUGUAAACUCACGCCAGGUGUCCCGCUCAAACCUAUGCUUGCCAAGCCAACCAAGGCGAUUGGGGAGGUACUCGACAGAUUCGAAAACAAACGAUUUACUUGCGAGUAUAAAUACGAUGGCGAACGUGCUCAGGUUCACAAGCUGGAAGAUGGCACGGUCGGAGUCUUCAGCAGGAAUUCUGAAGAUAUGAGCAAGAAAUAUCCUGACCUCAUGGAACAACUCCCUAACUGCAUCAACGAAAGCACAAAAUCCUUCGUUUUGGAUGCUGAAGCAGUCGCGAUUGACAAAGACACGGGGAAAUUGAUGCCCUUCCAAGAACUCAGUCGUCGGAAGCGUAAAGAUGUCAAGGUGGAAGAUAUCAAAGUCCGCGUCUGCCUGUUUGCUUUCGACCUCCUUUAUCUGAAUGGCGAGCCUUUGCUGCAGAAAUCCCUUGCCGAGCGUAGGCUGCUGCUGCGAGACCAUUUCCAACGCGUGCCUGGAGAGUUUGACUUUGCAAAGUCUUCUGAUUGCGAGACGACCGAAGAAAUUCAAGCGUUCCUGGAAGAGAGCGUGAAGGACGGGUGUGAAGGUCUAAUGGUCAAGAUGUUGGAAGAGGAUCCUAGCUUUUAUGAACCUAGCCGAAGAAGUGUCAACUGGCUGAAACUCAAAAAGGACUAUCUUGCUGGUGUUGGCGACUCACUCGAUCUUGUGGUGGUGGGUGCGUACUAUGGGAAGGGCAAACGUACGAAUGUGUACGGUGCAUUCCUUCUCGCGUGUUAUGAUGCAGACGCGGAGGAAUAUCAAACUAUCUGCAAGAUUGGCACAGGAUUCAGCGAAGAGGCUUUGCAGGCACACCACGAUACGCUUAAACCACUCGAGACUACGAAGGCACGGGCCGACAUAAAAAUUGGCGGUGCGAAGCCGGACGUCUGGCUUGAGCCAAAGGUUGUGUGGGAGGUGCUCACAGCCGACCUGAGUCUGAGCCCCAUAUAUACUGCGGCACAGGGAUUGGUUGAGGAAAGAGGAAUAUCGUUGCGAUUCCCAAGAUUCAUCAGAAUCAGAGACGAUAAAUCCGCCGACGAUGCGACCGGGCCAGAGCAGAUUGCGGAGAUGUACGAACGACAAGCACUCGCGCAGACCAAAGGAGGCAAAAAGAAGGGCGGCGGCGACGCAGAUGACGGGUUUUGGUAA